GUAAGACGCAUGCGCAAGGCUCAGACGUCUCAUCUUCCCUCACGGGAGUGCAAGUACGAUCACGUCUUCGCAGUCUGUAGGCCGGGAUUUGGAAUCGUGGUACCGGUGCUCCGGGGAUAAUGAGUGAAGACAGUAAGCCGUUUAAUGCUGAGGAGGUCAGGACAGUCAUUGAAUCACUGCAAAAACCUGUAGUUUUUCUUAACAUGGUUUCUGACUGGCCAGCGAUGAGAUGGACUAUAGAAAAUCUAUCACAGCUGCUUAAUGGAAAAGAAUUAACUUUCAGAAUUGGCAAAAGGAAGAUGAGUAAAGCUCCUCAGUUUGAAACACAGUGUCAGUAUAUCCAAGCCACACUGCAGGAGUUUUUAGUCUGGCUUCAUGGUGAUACCAAUUCUUCACCUGGACUUUUCCUCUCAUACCCUCGCUCCGAGUAUUGGGCCUAUGCAGACUACAAGUACGUUGCCAAGAUGUUUGAAGAUAAAGCUGAGCUCUUUCAGGAUAUAAUCUGGUCUGACUUUGGGUUCCCUGGGAGAGAUGGACGAGACAGCACUUUAUGGAUUGGCAGUGAAGCAGCCAACACCCCCUGUCACCUUGAUUCUUAUGGAUGCAAUCUGGUGUUACAAGUACAAGGAAGGAAAAGGUGGCAUCUAUUCCCUCCAGAGGACACUUGCUUCCUCUAUCCCACCAGAAUUCCUUAUGAAGAAUCUAGUGUAUUUAGCAGUGUGAAUGUGGUCAACCCUGAUUUGAAGCACUUCCCUAGAUUUCGCAGAGCCAGACCAUAUGUUGUGAACUUGUGUCCAGGAGAGGUCCUUUUUGUUCCCAGACACUGGUGGCACUAUGUGGAAUCCUUGGAUCCUGUCACCAUCAGCAUUAACUCCUGGAUUGAACUGGGUGAUGAUAAUGAAGCCAGAGUUGGAGAGGCGUUGGCUCGGACAGUGGUCUGUGCUGUGAAGUCUGCAGAUCCUCAUACUGACCCUGCCAGCUGGCUGAAUACCACUGAGGGUGCUGUCACAUCGUAUGAAACAAACCUACACUAUGUCAACCUUGCAGUUCAAUCCUGUUUAGAUAACGACAAGAUGCAUCCAGCCAGCUGCACAAAAGGAAGAGAUCAGUCAGUUCAGCUUUCCUCUGGCCUUCCGAAAAAAAGAAAAGCUAAUUCAGAACCUGCAGAAUUUGCAGCCAAGAAUGGACGAGGGAAACUUGCAGAAACUAAAGCUGGCCUGAGCACCAACAUCUGUAUUGGACCUAACCUGGUUCCUGUUAAGCAGGUAGCUGCUGCUCUAGAAGAGGACUCCGUUUCUAGCACAUCCGGUGACCUGUCUCUGGCCAGCAGAUUGGAAGCUAAACAGUGCAGUUUGGACUGUGAUUCCAAACCUGCCGACAAUGUUAGGAGAUUAAUAUCGACUGAUGAUUUACUAAACUGCUUGGUCCACCCUGACGUCAUUCAAUUAAUGACUGAGAUUCUGCUGGGUAGGCAUUAUUCUCAUUAGUGUCACCCAAUCAUUAAUGUUACUUGUGUUUUUAGAAAUUUAUCAUUAAUAAGAAAGUGUCUCUACAUAUCUAUGUUAUUAAAAAUAUUCUGCAUGGUGUGCAAAUAACCAAUUAAAACAUGGGAGUCCUUAAACCUGCCCCAACAUUCAGU